AUGCCAGGUUACCAUCUGGUCGGUUCAUGUAAUGGGUUGCACUGUGGGGUUAGCGAAAUACCAGAAGGAUACCGUGUUUGUUUCUGGAACAAGGCGACAAGGGUGAUAUCCAUAGAAUCGCCAACGCUGUCUUUUUCCCCGGGCAUUGGUCGUAGAACAAUGUUUGGGUUUGGCUAUGAUCCGUCAAGUGACAAAUACAAGGUUGUAGCAAUUGCAUUGACUAUGCUUUCACUUGAUGUAUCUCAAAAGACUGAGAUGAAAGUUUAUAGCGCGGGUGACAGUAGUUGGAGAAACCUUAAAGGUUUUCCUGUUCUUUGGACUUUACCUAAAGUUGGUGGAGUGUAUCUGAGUGGAACCCUUAAUUGGGUUGUUAUUAAGGGAAAAGAAACCAUUCAUUCUGAAAUCGUAAUUAUUUAUGUUGACCUGGAGAAGGAGGCUUGCAGAUCAUUGUUUCUUCCCGACGAUUUUUGCUUUGUUGAUACCAAUCAAUUCUGA